AUGAGCCACCCGCACGCGCCUUUCCGCCCGCCGAACAGCAUCCUCAUCAUCGGCAGCGGCGUCUUCGGGCUCAGCACAGCGCUGUACUUGACUGAGCAGCGCGAGUUCGCCAAGACUUCCAUCACGAUCCUCGAUCGCUCUCCCGAGCCCGGUGUCUUCCCUGCCCGUGAUGCAUCCAGCAUAGACUCGUCUCGCAUCAUUCGCGCCGACUAUGCCGACCCCGCCUAUGCGCGGCUCGCUGCCGAGGCUGCGCACCACUGGCGCAAGCAAGAACCGCACGAACUAGGCGGCGAGGGUCGGUACACCGAGUCGGGUCUUUUCCUUGUCGCCAACAAGGACGGCACCCCAGGGCUCGGCUACACGCAGAAGAGUUGGAUCAAUGCCAUGGCUCUAGCGAAUGCAGAAGGUGGUCGCGGGCCAAAGAGUGUGCGAGUGGGUUACCAUGCCGGACAGCUGCGUGCGAUGACUGCUGCCGGUGGUACCUUUGGCGACUGGGGAUACCUCAACGAUGCCAGUGGCUGGGCAGAUGCCACCAAGAGCAUGCGCUGGCUUUAUGAGAAAGUGGUCGCGACUGGCAGGGUACGCUUCAUCAACGGCACUGCCGAACGACUCGAUGUAAAGAAGCCAAUCUUUGCGCUUCCAGGCGUCCUCGACAACAAGCCUCGAGUGAGUGGCGCUAUUCUUGAGGACGGGACUAAGCUGUCUGCGGACCUCACCAUCGUCGCAACUGGCGCUUGGACACCGUCGCUCCUGGACCUGCAGGGCCAGGCUGUCGCCACGGGGCAGAUUGUGGCAUAUCUCGACAUUACUGAGGAGGAACAGGCCAGGCUCAACGACAUCCCUGUCUUGCUCAACUUCUCAACGGGAUAUUUCAUCAUCCCGCCACGCGAUCGUGUCCUCAAGAUCGCGCGGCACAGCUACGGCUAUCUGAACCCUACCGAGGUGCCCACACCUCUCGGCAUGGCUGACAAGUCAGCUGCGACCACACUGGACCAAAUCACCAAGUCCAGUACGUCGACAACCACAAAGAGCACUGAUUCAGCCUCGGCGAAAGCACCAAGCACGCCAACCGGUACGGCUUCUGGAACAGUCAAGGUCUCCAAGCCGCGAACACAUCUGACACACCCUCCGGUCACGCCGACGACAUCAAGUCUUCCCCCAGAAGCUGAAGCAGGGUUGCGCGCUGCGCUCAAGAAAUUUCUCCCUUGGAUGGCUGACACGGAGACGCGGCCAUUUUCCGAGACUCGCUUGUGCUGGUACACCGACACACCCUCUGGUGAUUGGAUCAUCGACUACCACCCAUCCUACUCCGGUUUGUUUGUCGCAACCGGCGGCAGCGGGCACGCGUUCAAGUUCCUCCCUAUUCUCGGUGCAAAGGUUGUCAGCUGUCUCAAGGGGCAGUAUCCGGCCGAGUUUGCAGACAAGUGGCGCUGGCGCGGCGUCCAGGGUCUCGGUGAUGGCGAUGCAGAGCGCACCAUCAUAACCGAGGACGGCAGUCGUGGUGGUGUGCCUGGGCAAAUCCUUGCUGAUGAGCUUUCACGAGCUCCGGCAGUCGCGCCCGAGGAAGGCGACAAGGCUGCGUCGUAA